AUGAAAGCAGCUAAAUGUGUUUGCCGGCUCAGCGAUGACUCAGGCCUUCCCCAGGGGCUCGCCGAGGGGAGGAUCCAUCCCGGCCCAGCCCUGCCCCCUCUUGUCCGGAAGCACAGCUCCCUCCAGGUGGGCUCCUUCCAGAAGCCAAGCACGCCUCCUCUGCCGGAGCGUCUUUGGGGGACAAGCCGGUCCCAGGAGGACCUGCUCUUCCGGCGCCAGGUCCCAGGCCCUGUGCCGGGCUUCGGAGGGACAGGGGUGCCUCGGAGCGGGCAGGCCAGAGACCACACAGAGGGCGAGGCCCCUCCCCUUGGGGCAGGAGGGGGACAGACGUACGUGACCCGAGUGACACCUGGUUCGGAUCCCAGCUUCCUGGGCACCCGCCCUGCGGCCCUGGGCCAGACACGCCACUCUGGGACCUCAGCUUCCCCCAAGGCUGUGGGCAGCAGCUCUAGCUGCCAGGGCUCCCCAUGGCGGCCACGGUCCCAGCAGCUCAGGCUGGGAAGCAGGCAGGCUCGAGGGGUCUCCAGGGUGUGGGUUGGGACGGGAACUCGCUCGGGAAGUGGAUCCCGAUGGCCAAGGGACACUGCAGAGCGUCUGAAGCCAGCGGCUGGCGGGGCUGAGGCGGUGAACUUCCCUACUCAAGGCCAGAGGGCAGCCUGGACCUCUGCCUCCUUCUGGGGCCUGGAGCCGGGACAGCUCGGGCAGGCGGAGGGCAGGCGGGGCCUGGGGCCCUGGUGGGAGCCCCGCUCGCCGUCAUCCCCGGCCUCCUCCGGCCUCCUCCGGCCUCCUCCGGCCUCCUCCCGGCCUCCUCUGCACCGGCACCGGCCUGCAGAGCUCUCGCCUGCCCGGGAGGGAGCCCAAGGCCCCGGCAGGCAGAUGUGCCUCGUCCAGCGACCGGCCGCUCCUGGUGCUGUUCCGGAAGGACAGCCUGGCCUGAGCCAUCUGAGGGCCCUUGUGGCCGGAUGCUGGGCCGGCCUCUCCAUCGGCCCUGGAAUGAACCACGGAGGCGACUCCAAGAAACGCCAGAUACCCUGGCCAGAGAGGCCCCCGUACAGCUGGGCAGGGCUUGUCCUUCUACCCAGCUCGACUAGGGCCACUCUGCUCUGAGUGCUGUGUGACCUUGAACGGAUUACUUUCCCUUUCUGGACAAGAUGGAAGACUCGACUUCUGGGGUUUUUGUCAGAGAAUCGCCCCAGCCCAGAGAAAGCCCUGAUUCUGGAGUCCAGGGUCUCGGAUCCCACUCCCGUCCCUUCAUCCAACACCUCCUGUGUGCCCAGCACUGGUUCAGAAGCCAGAAAAACUGGUUUCCUUGGCAACCUCCAAAUCUUGACCAUUCUGAACCUGGGUUUCCUCAUCUGCAGAAUGAGUCCCUGAGGCAGCGCCUCCCCCGCUACGGGGACCAGGACCCCAGGGGCACAGACACCGGGAGGGGCCGAGCUCUCCGCAGGCCAGCCCUGCUCAGGGACCCCAGGCCCCUCGCCUUCGCCCUCACCAGCAGCACCCCUGCCUGGGGCGCCGUCUCCUCGCGUCCGAGGGCGGCCUGGCCAAGGCCCCUCCUCCCGGGAAGGUGCCCCCUGUCCUGCUCUCUGCUGGGCAUGGCC